AAGAUGAAAAUUUUCAAAUGGAUAAAACAACCAAUACUAUGAUUCAACAUGUUGGAUUUUCUCAUCAAUUGAAAUUACCGUUUGCACCUUUUAUUACCUUCAUCUCUCGUUUGCCCAAUUUAAUAUCAUUGCGAGCCAACGUGGCAGAAUUUACAAGAGCUGUACCUCCACCUCAAAUUACAACGAAAAUUCGUCAUAUGAGUAUCUUCCUUCAACAGAAAACCACACUAGAUGAAAUCGAAUUUUUAGUUCAAAUCAGUCCUAUCAAACGACUUUAUCUUGAAAUAGGUUCUGAAGGAUACUGGUACGGCCCUGAGUCGAAGUUGUGUGAUUUUGUUCGAUUAGCCAAAAUUUUGAAUAACUGUCAAACGCUCGUAGAAGUUGAAGUAGUAGGUUGGUACUUUAAUGGACAUGUCAAUAUUCCUGAGGUUUGCCAACUGAGUCAAUGGUUCACUCAACUUCAUAUUGGUACAGGAUAUCAAGAUAGAAAGUCACUGCAAACACCAACAACUUCCCGUCAAAGAAA